CAAGCGCAGAGAGGAAGGGGGGUCGGAGAGAGCAGAGAGGAAGGGGCCGGAGAGCGGAGAGAGAAGAGAGAGAGGCGCAGUUGAGCAAGUGAGCUAAGUAGCUAAAGCCAGUCAGUGAGGCCGAGGCGGACAGUUUUGAGGUGACAGUGGAGAAUGGGGAGGACUUUGCACGCCCGGCGAAUUUUGUCCGCAGAAAGGGUGCUCAAACUCGAUCUCUACCCAUCUGAGAGCGUGUGCUGAAACUGGAGAAACACCGGUGGACAGGAAGGAAUGGCUGAUCCUCUGAGGAGGAAUUUAUUAGCAAAACUUCGGGGGAAGAAAUCUAAGAAAGGGACGCCGGCUGGUGGAUACGGCGCUGCGACUAAUGGGGGCAGAGCAGGUAAAGGAAAAGUUUCUCAAAACCCAGACGGCCAAACUCGUCCAGUAGUAAUGUUCGCAGAGUUGCAUUGUCUGACAGACAACAUCAUGAGAGGUAACGAUAGUUACGUUAACGACAUUGUAGUAAACAAGGUUGGAUUAGAUCAAGAGCAGAGCACGGUAGGAGUUGUUGAGACGAGUGAGUUUCCCCAGCAGUACGAGGCUUCAGCUAACAUGCACAUAAACACUAGCCGGGGGCCGGGGGACAAUCAGGGUAGCGGGUGCUCCGGGAUUAGGGGUGGAGUAAAUGAGGAACUCUUGGGGGUCUCACUUCAAAGAGCAACUCAGUACGAGGGGAAUGAUAGAGACGAGAUGAUCAGAAUCCAUAAACAAGGGCCCGGCUACUUCUCUGGACAAUUACAACAAGGACACAUAGGUAGAGCACACGAACAGAGAAAACACUUUGUCCCCAUUCCGCGACAGUAUAGCGCAGGGGAUUCAAUAGGGUUUGGGAGCAAUAGUCCUAAUAAUCACAUUAUAUACCACAGAAGGCCUGAUGGGGUAGUUAAAAUGACAAAUGGCCACUAUCCUGCUUCAAAGAGUAAUGGAACAAAUGUCUGCUUUGACAAAGAUCUAAAGACUCGAGUAAGCCACGGGCAGACAGACGACUCCUGCCAUCAAACUGUGUACAACUACAAGGCAGACAACGGGCAGAGGUCUAUAAAUGAUUUCAAAGUUACUGCAAACGUGCAUCCUGGCCACAACCAAAUAUUGAAAACAAAUGUUACAAAUAACGGGACGCAAAUGUGUCCGCCUGGUAUCCCGUGUGGGCAUCAUCCGGACAGUAAUUACACCGAGGAAAACAUUGUGAUUAGAAACAUAGAGAGUUACGGGAGCUCGCCUGAAUUUACAGGGGACAACAUUAGGGUGACCCAUUUGCAGAGCCCGACAUUUUUCCCCACUGAAUUAGAGAUAUGCGACGUUAAUGUGGCCUCCCACUUCAUAUGCGCAAGAGAAGGAGCACUCCGACACUACUCUCUAGAUAGCGAGGAUGAUGAUUAUUAUGAUAAUGUAAUUCUUCCCUUUUAUGUAUCUGAGUCGUUAGGUCCAAAUGAUAGAAAAAACUCAGAUAAAAUAGAAGCCAUAGAGUCGGGUAAAGAUGUUCCUAAAGGACAAGUCAUUAGCGACAGUGUGCAGGAGACAGACAGACUGCGGAGCCAGUUGAAAGAGGCCUAUUACCUUCUUAUAAACACCAUGCAUGAUAUUAGUUUUGAUGGUCAGGUCAGUGUCAACGGUUUUAUAGAUCAGGCAAGUUCCUCCAGUCACUCUCGGGACAGCAUGUGCUCACGGUUGUCCAUCAAGCAUGUGGACAGUGAUGCUUGGUCGUCGGGAGAGCACAGUGUCCAACAGGUGUCUGACACAGACUCCAUCCUGUUGUGCCUGCUGAGUGAAAACCGAGUGGAUCCAAGUCUCAAAAAAAAAUUCAUUAGCAAGAGCCUCGUGAAUCUAUCUGCUAGCAAGAUUGGGCCUCCCUUACUGCGUUCCACUAGUGACAGAGCUAUCAAAUACCGCAGUGGUGCGCACAAUGCGCCCUGCAUCCAGGCCCUCGGUUCCCAAAGCCCUGCCUGUGAGAAUGGGGAUGGAGCAAGUAGGCCACAGGCUGUUGGAGCCUCUGACCCGUUUGAGAAACAGGCCAGCUACAAUGGUGACACGAGCAGCGACGACCUGCUUCAAGACACCGGUGAAGACUUCAAGUUGAACGAGAGUAGUGGCUCGGUCAACAGCCUCACUGGAUCGUCCGACAACGCAGACACCCAGCAGGGUGGUAACAGCAAGCGAGAUGGAGAGAUGAGCGCAUGGGACCGGGGAGGCUCUGCCAAGCCCCAUGGAGUCACCGUCAACAAGAUGCAGGAGUGGAUGCACAAAGGCCGUCUGUUGUCUUCGGAGAUGAAGCAGCGCAUCGCGGGGUCUACGCCCCAAGCCCAUGCCACCCACGGUGGCCUGGAUAGUGCACCACGGCCCAGCCAGGGCCAGGCCAGCUCAGUUCCAGGUGGAUCUAAACCAGCAGCCCUGACGACCAGAGUUCACGGGGCCAUACCCGCCGCUGUGGUCCCAUGCCAGAGCCAGGCUUUGCAUCAGUCAGCUCUGAUAGAGAAUGUCCACUCCUCCGACAGGCACGAGGUUGGCGAGGGCAAGGCCAGCGAGCUGUCAUUAUGGAGACCCCCACUCAACACCAUCACCGUUUCCAAGAAACGCAACUGGCUCCAGCAGAGCUCUGGGAGGCCGCAUCACACCACCCAGGAUGACUCCCAGUGCAUUCUGGGAGCAGAGGAGGACAAUGGACAUGGACAUACACCCCGACCCCCUCCUAGCCCCUCCCCGGAGUACCUAAAACCCCCCGGACCGCCGCCCUCCCGGCCCCUCCGCCUGCACCUAGCCCAGGUGAGCAUGUGCCACGCCCGCGUUGGACCCCAGCCCAGGUGUGUGGACCCGGCCGAGGAGAAUGAUGCGGAUGACGAGGGGGAGAUCUGGUACAACCCCAUACCUGAGGAUGAAGAACCAGAGCUACCUCACAUUUACAGACCCACCGCCAUCCCCCAGGUCAGACUGAUGGUCCCUACACGGCCCCAGGAGCCCCAAGCCACCCAGAUCCAGAGGAGGCCCAGCCGGGAAGGGGUGGCCGGGCGGACCCUGGAAGGCUGCAGCCCUGACCUGGAGGGUGUGGUGGAGAGCCUGUGUGGCGGAGGUGGAGGUGGAGAGGGGAGUCAGCAGGGGAAUGCUGUACAUUCCAUGGAGCCGUCGGUACAGCUGCACAGACAGAUGCUGCACACAUGCAAACCUCAGGAGGAGGGGCCAGCCAGUUCCAGCAGAGCCACAGCUGCAGCAGAAGGCCCUGACCUGGCCACCCCCGGCUUCUCGCCUCCCUCCAGCCCCAACCCUGCUAAGAAGGGAAGCUCCCUCAACUGGUCAUUCCCGGACAAGAUCAAGUCCCCGCGCACCGUCAGGAAACUCUCCAUGAAGAUGAAGAAGCUUCCGGAACUCAGCCGCAAGCUCAGCGUCAAAGGGAUCCCUAGCAACAACAACAACACCAGCGGUAACGGAGCCAGCGUGAGCAGCCAAUCAGAGACAAGGACCCAGUGUCCCAAAACCAAUAGUGGGUCAGAACCAGGCUCAGCUCCUCCCAGGUUGUCCCCAGGGGGCGGGCAGGGGGCGGCCGCCAGCCAAAAUGUGAUCUCGAGAUAUCACUUGGACAGCAGUGUGUCGACACAGCAAAGUUACAGCAAGAAGAAGAGCAGCGGGACCUCCAUGUCGGCUAGCAAGGGGGGCUACCUCAGUGACGGGGACUCCCCAGAACUGGUGGCCAAGUCUGGGAAGCACAGGUCCUCAGAGGGCAAGGGAGGCAAGGGGAAGGAGAAAGAGAAAGACCCAGCCACUGGAGGAGGAGAGAGAACAGGAGCUGGAGGAGUAACAGGAGGAGGUGGCAGCUCCAAGCUGCACGGCACAGAACUAGACAUUGACGCGUUCCGUCACUACGCCUUCACAGAACAGCCCAAGUGCACCCAGUACAUCUCAGGCCUGAUGAGCCUGCACUUCUACGGCGCCGAGGACCUCAAGCCGCCACGUGUCGACUCCCGGGACGUCUACUGCGCCAUCCAGGUGGACUCGGUCAACAAGGCGCGCACUGCCCUGCUCACCUGCCGGACCACCUUCCUAGACAUGGACCACACCUUCAACAUCGAGCUGGAGAACGCCCAGCACCUGAAGCUAGUGGUGUUCAGCUGGGACCCCACACCCAAGAAGAACCGGGUGUGCUGUCAUGGCACUGUGGUGCUACCGGCUCUCUUCAGGGUGACCAGGAGUCAUCAGCUGGCCGUGAAGCUGGAGCCACGAGGCCUGAUCUACGUGAAGCUGAACCUGAUGGAGCAGUGGCAGAACUCCCUGGACGGAGGCUACGAUGGGGAACGGGAGCGACAGAUGUUUGGGGUGGAGGCCUGGAGGGUUGUGGAGAGAGAGAACUCAGGACUCAUGGUGCCCCUGCUCAUCGAAAAGUGCAUCACGGAAAUUGAGAAGAGAGGCUGCCAGGUUGUGGGCCUCUACCGUCUGUGUGGUUCAGCGGCAGUAAAGAAGGAGCUUCGGGAGGCCUUUGAAAGGGACAGCCUGGGUGUGGAGCUCUGUGAAAACACCUACCCUGACAUCAACGUCAUCACAGGUGUGCUGAAGGACUACCUGCGUGAGUUGCCGUACCCCCUCAUCACUAAGCACCUGUAUGAGGCUGUGUUAGACUCCAUGGCUAAGAGGCCUCUGCGUAUUGGAGCAGGAGGAUGUGAGAACGACCUGGCGGACACAGAGCAGACUGUCAGCCUGCUGGAGAACCUGCCAGAGGUGGAGAGGUUGACCCUACGGAGGCUGCUGGACCACCUGAAGCUGGUGGCGUCGCACCACGACGUCAACAAGAUGACGUGUCAGAACCUGGCAGUGUGCUUCGGCCCCGUGCUGCUCAGCCAACGCCAGGAGGCCAGCUGCCAUAGCAACCGCGUCUUCAUCGACUCAGAAGAGCUGGCCAGUGCCCUGCACUUUAAGAAGCACAUCGAGGUGCUGCACUACCUUUUGCAGCUAUGGCCAGUGGUGGACCCACAUGGAAAGACCUCAUCCCCCAUCCUGGAGCACCCCGGCCCAGCCGACCAGCCUGCCGCUCCACCCCUGCGUCGGAGGAAGGAGCGUCCCCAGGUGCUGAACUUGAGUGAUGCAGAGAUGGCCGGGGUGCUGCGACCUAGGCCAGGCCGACUGGACAGCCCUAGCAACCGUUACGCCGGUGACUGGAGUCGCUGUGGAGAGCGCUACCUCCCCCCUCCUCUGGCCGAGGAGGAAAAUGACUAUGAUGAUGUUCCUUCUGAGGAUAUGGAGGUCACUGAGGAGGGACAGGAAGGAGAGGACAGGGGGAAGGAAGGGGGAGAGGAGCUGAGACAGGAAGGAUUACUGGACAGUGGACAGGAGGAAGGACAGGCAGAGCCACCUACAGCAAAACAGGAACCCCCACUACUCCAGGAGGUGAUGGAGGGACCUGUAGAGAAGGAGGAAGAGGAGAGAGAAGCAGAGGAGAGCGAUGUCUCCAGUGACGGUCAGCCGUCAGACGAUAGGGUGUGUGAUGAUGAUGAUGAGCGCAUCCUGCCCCUCCACAACCCCAAAGAGCACACAUACCAGGCUUACAUGAAGAUCCAGGACAUCAGCCCCGUUCUCAGCAACAGGGUCAACCUGCGAGACCUGCAGGAGAGCAUCGACACGCUCAUAGGCAACCUGGAGAGAGAGCUGAACAAGAACAAUCUCAAAGUUAGCUACUAACCCAACACACAUUCAGCCUCACAGGCUACUGACUCAAACACACUGCCCAACAGGCUACUGACUCAAACACACAGCCCAACAGGCUACUGACUCAAACACACAGCCCAACAGGCUACUGACUCAACACACACUCAGCCCAACAAGUUAUUGACCCAAACACACAGCCCAACAGACUACUGACUCAACACACAGCCCAACA